GAGACACCCCACGCAGAGAGCAAGAUUGAAAGAGAGAGAGAGAGAGAGAGAGAGAGAGAGAGAGAUGAGGAAAGAGGUGGUGGUGGUGGUGGUGGCGGUUGCGGCGGUAGUGGGGGUGGCGGUGGUGGUGAGCCAGUGGAAGCGAAGGAGGGAGCGGCGGUGGAGACAGACGCAGAGAAUUCUACGGAAGUUCGCGAGGGAAUGCGCCACGCCAGUCCCAAAGCUAUGGCACGUGACCAAUGACUUGGCUUUGGAAAUGCAGUCGGGUCUGAUGGCUUCUUCAUCGGUUGACGAUGAUCAUGAUCAAACCAACCUCGGCAUGCUUGUCUCCUACCUCGAUCCCCUCCCCACCGGGGAUGAGAAGGGGUUGUACUAUGGGGUGAAUCUACGGGGAGAAAAUUUCUUGAUACUGAGAGCGCGACUAGGAGGAAAAAAUGAAUCGAUAUCUGAACUACAGAGGGAGGAGAUUAGCAUUCCCACCGACGUGAUGGCUGCUUCUUCUAAGGAACUAUUCGACUACAUAGCUCUGAGACUAUCAGUGUUUAUUUCAACACAUUCUGAGAGUACCGAAGAUGCAUUGUCAAAUCAAAGGAAACUGGGAUUUACCAUUUCAUAUCCAGUGGACCAAGUUUCAGCUUCCUCUGGAACAGGCAUUAAGUGGAAGAGUUUAUCAGUUGACGAUACAGUUGGGAAAGAGUUGGUUAAUGAGAUGAAUCAGGCAUUGGAGAAACACGGUGUGGACAUGCGCAUUUUUGCAUUGGUUGAUGAAGCUAUUGGGGAUUUGGCUGGAGGUCGAUUUUACAAGAAAGAAACUUUUGCUGCAAUUAGCCUUGGGAUGGGCACAAAUGCGGCUUACGUUGAAUCAGCACAAGCAGUUCCCAAAUGGGAUAAUCCCUCACCCAAAUCAGGAGAACUGGUGAUUAACAUGCAAUGGGGAGGCUUCACUUCGUCCCAUCUUCCAGUAUCCGAGUUUGAUGCUUCUUUAGAUGCCGAAAGCUCAAAUCCUGGUUCUCAGAUCUUUGAAAAGCUCAUUUCAGGAAUGUACUUGGGAGAGGUGGUUAGGAGAGUGUUGUUGAAGAUGGCCAAGGAAACUGCUUUAUUUGGGGAGACUAUACCAUCCAAACUUGCAGUUCCUUACAUCUUGAGGUCGCCAGACAUGGCCGCAAUGCAUCAAGACACAUCAGAGGAUCAUGAAGUCGUCGAUGAGAAACUUAGAGAAAUAUUCAGGAUUACCAACUCCACACCGAUGGUGAGAGAAGUCGUGGCCGAGGUCUGCGACAUCGUGGCAGAGCGUGGGGCCCGCCUGGCCGGAGCCGGUAUAGUCGGGAUCAUAAAGAAGCUAGGGAGAAUUGCAAACAAGAGGAGUGUAGUCACGGUAGAAGGUGGGCUUUAUGAGCACUACAGAGUGUUUAGAAACUAUUUGCACAGCAGUGUUUGGGAGAUGCUAGGGAACGAACUCUCGGACAAUGUCAUCAUCGAGCACUCCCAUGGCGGAUCUGGAGCCGGAUCUCUCUUUCUCGCAGCUUCCCAAACACAAAAUACAGAUUUUUCGACACAAAAUGCAGAUUUUCGCGCUAGUUGAAUUCUUGGAUUUUACAAGUUCUAUUUUUAGCUGAUCGGAAAUGAUACGACAUUUUUCGCGUUUGGUGUUAUCCGGAUGAUUUUGGGAAUUUCUUUUAUCUGAAGAAGCGGCAGUUGUUUAUUCA